AUGGGGGAGCUGUUCCGCAGUGAGGAGAUGACCCUGGCUCAGCUCUUCCUUCAGUCUGAAGCGGCCUACUGCUGCGUCAGUGAGCUGGGGGAGCUCGGCAUGGUCCAGUUCAGAGACCUGAAUCCGGACGUAAACGUGUUCCAGAGAAAGUUUGUGAACGAGGUGAGAAGAUGUGAGGAGAUGGACCGGAAACUAAGAUUUGUGGAAAAGGAGAUCAAAAAGGUCAACAUUCCCACAGUGGACACAGGAGAGAAUCCAGAGGUUCCUUUUCCUCGAGACAUGAUUGACCUGGAGGCCACGUUUGAGAAGCUGGAGAACGAGCUGAAAGAGAUCAACACAAACCAAGAGGCUCUGAAGAAGAACUUUCUGGAACUGACCGAACUCAAGCACAUUCUGCGACGGACACAGCAGUUUUUUGACGAGAUGGAAGACCCAAACCUUCUGGAGGAGUCUUCUUCUCUGAUGGAGGCCAGUGAAGCAGGCCGCGGAGCUCCUCUCAGGCUCGGGUUUGUGGCCGGUGUCAUCAGUCGAGAGAGGAUUCCCACCUUCGAGAGGAUGCUGUGGAGAGUGUGUCGUGGAAAUGUCUUUUUGCGGAAGGCAGAGAUCGAGGACCCUCUGGAGGACCCCGCUACGGGAGACCAUGUCCACAAAUCAGUCUUCAUCAUCUUCUUUCAAGGCGACCAGCUGAAAAACAGAGUGAAGAAGAUCUGUGAAGGGUUCCGCGCCUCUCUGUACCCCUGCCCUGAAACCCCACAGGAGAGGAAGGAGAUGCUGGCCGGAGUCAACAGCCGCAUCGACGACCUCCAAAUGGUCUUGAACCAAACGGAGGACCAUCGCCAGAGGGUGCUGCAGGCCGCCUCCAAGACCAUGAGGGUGUGGUUCAUCAAAGUGAGAAAGAUGAAAGCCAUUUACCACACUCUGAACCUGUGCAACAUCGACGUGACACAGAAGUGUCUCAUCGCGGAAGUGUGGUGUCCCGUCUCAGACCUGGACUCCAUUCAGUUCGCUCUGCGCCGGGGAACUGAGAGAAGCGGGUCAACGGUGCCGUCCAUUCUCAACCGGAUGCAAACCCAACAGACGCCUCCGACCUUCAACAAGACCAACAAGUUCACUUCCGGGUUCCAGAACAUCGUCGACGCUUACGGCAUCGGGAACUACAGAGAGAUUAACCCGGCUCCGUACACCAUCAUCACCUUCCCCUUCCUGUUCGCCGUCAUGUUCGGGGACAUGGGCCACGGUUUGCUGAUGACCUGCAUCGCUCUGUACCUGGUCGUUCGAGAAAGCCGCCUCUUGGCUCAGAAAACCGAUAACGAGAUGUUUAAUAUGGUGUUUGCCGGACGCUACAUCAUUCUCCUCAUGGGGAUGUUCUCCGUCUACACUGGAAUCAUCUACAACGACUGCUUCUCCAAGUCUCUCAACAUGUUCGGCUCCGGCUGGAGUGUGCGGCCCAUGUUUGGGCCCAAGGGAGCCAACUGGUCGUUUGAGACUCUUGAAGCAAACGCAGCGCUUCAGUUGGACCCAGCGAUCCCAGGCGUGUUUAACGGGCCGUAUCCUCUGGGGAUUGAUCCGAUAUGGAACAUCGCCACCAACAAACUGACUUUCCUCAACUCGUUCAAGAUGAAAAUGUCCGUCGUUCUCGGUGUCAUCCACAUGAUCUUUGGAGUAUCUCUGAGUCUGUUCAACCACAUGUACUUCAAGAAGCCCCUGAACAUUUUCCUGGGGUUCAUUCCCGAGAUUGUGUUCAUGUCGUCCCUCUUUGGUUACUUGGUUUUGCUGAUUUUCUACAAAUGGUCGGCGUACGAUGUGUUCAACUCUAAAGACGCUCCCAGUCUCCUGAUCCACUUCAUCAACAUGUGUUUGUUCAACUACAACGACCCGACAAACAAACCUCUGUAUACAGGCCAGAUGGGGAUCCAGGUGUUGCUGGUCCUGAUUGCCCUUGCAUGUGUUCCUUGUAUGCUGAUAGUAAAAACUAUGGUGCUUCGGCGUCAGCACCUGUGGAAGUUGCACCUGUCCGAGAAGAGGAAAGAAACCCCUGCAGAGAAUCUAGCGCAGUCUUUAGAGCAAACAGGCGUGUCCUCAUCCUCCACCGGACUCCCCCAACAGGGAACGCAGAAGCUGGGAGGGGUCCGAGUGGGGAAUGGGCCCACGGAGGACGAGGCCGGGAUCAUGGACCACGACCAUCUCUCCCAUCACUCCGACGAAGGCGAGGAGACUACUGUGGAAGAACCCUUUGAUUUCGGGGAUGUAGCCGUGCACCAGGCCAUCCACACCAUAGAGUACUGUCUGGGCUGCAUCUCCAACACGGCCUCCUACCUGCGCCUCUGGGCUCUCAGCUUGGCUCAUGCACAGCUGUCCGAGGUCCUCUGGGGGAUGGUCAUGCGUCUGGGACUGUCCUCUCGCAGCGGAGCGGGGUUCUUUGGCCUGUCAAUCAUCUUUGGGGCCUUCGCUACUCUCACUGUGGCCAUCCUGCUGGUCAUGGAGGGGCUGUCGGCCUUUCUGCACGCCCUCCGUCUGCACUGGGUGGAGUUCCAGAACAAGUUUUACACAGGCCAGGGCUUUAAGUUUUUCCCAUUCUCCUUUGAGAGUAUUCUGGAGGGGCGCUUUGACGAGGUCUGA